AUGAAUAAUAUUGUCCUUAUAAAUUUAAAAGAUUACUUGAAUGACCAUUUAAAAAAUUAUGAACAUGAAUAUAAUAAUAAACAGGUCAAACAAAAUGUACGAAAUAAUGCGAAAAAAGUUCGAGAAAUAUUUCUAAAAACUUUAUCAAAUGAAGAAAGAAAUAAAGGCUUCGAUAUUUCUGAACAAAAUAAUGCUGAAAAUUACCAACAUGAUAUAACAAAUGAAAAGGAUUUAUUUGGGUAUAAAGAUUAUUUAUAUACAAAGUUGAUAAGACAAUUGUAUUUGUUCCUAUGCUCAAUGGGCGUCAAUAAAAGAAUUAUAAAUGAGAAUAUUUUAGACGAAAAAAUCGCUAAUACUUAUCAAGAAAAUUGUCAAAAUAAUUUUAAUUUUAACAAAAUGUACAAGUAUACAUAUAAUUAUAAGAAGAUGGAAAAUGUGGAUGUUAUAAAAUCGUUAAAAAAAUAUAAUAUAAAUAAAUUUGACGAAAAAUUGCAAUUUUAUUCAUACAAUUUUAGUAAUAAAAACAGUGAAAAAUGCGAAAAGGAUUAUACCAAAACAAAUUUUAAUAUAUGUAUAUAUUUACCUACAAAAAAAGAAAUCGACAUUUUAUUUAUUAUAGACAUAUUAUAUGAUUAUUUUUAUUUUAAUUUAUAUAUACCUAUAACAACAAAAGAAAAUAAAUUAGUUUUUUUUCCAUUUUGUUUUAAAAAUAAUAUAAUAAUAAAACAUCAUUUUAACAUUUUUGUUCCAUACCUUUAUAUAUAUAAAAAUACAUAUAUGGAACAAAAAUCUAUAAAAUUUAAUUUGAAUUCUUUAAAUUUAAUAACAGAUAAAAUAUUUGAUUUGGAAUUUCAAGAAAAUAAAACUAUUUUUUUUAUUCCAUUAAUCGCAUAUAACAAAUAUGGGUGUAGAGUUGGUAGUGGGAAAGGAUAUUAUGAUAGAACAUUUACAAGUCUAUAUAAAAGAGCAAAAAUAAAUAAUGAAAAAAAAAAUCAAUUUAUAGAUCAAAUAAGUAAUACAGCUAAUUCUUACAAUGUAAGUGAGACAAAAAAUUUAAAAGAAAACAAUAAUAAUGAAACUGAAAAAAAUAUUCAAAAUAUGUUCAUUAAAAAAAAUAAAAUAAUUGAUCAUAUAAAAGUUAGUGUAUCAUUUGAGGUAUUUUUAUACGACGUAGAUUUUAAUGAACCAACAGAUAUUAUAUUGGAUUAUAUAAUAAAUGAAAAAAAUAUUUAUAAAUUUUUAUUUUGA